AUGCAUUCUUGGAUAGUAUAACCUUGCCUUUUCGUUCGUCCAAAAAAGCAUUCUCAAACAUCAGAAAUGUGCUCUUAUGGUUCUUGAUGCGCUCACCAACUCACCACAGAGAUCACAAAUCAGAGCUAAACAACACAUAGUCUCUGCGCCUCUGCGUAAUCUACUUGUGAAUUUCGUUCGUAGGGUUUUGUCAUUAUUUAUCAAAAGCUACCUUAGUCUGUACUUAUUUCCCUGGGAAAUCAAUGGGUGUUGGAAUAUCUGUGCUGAUAGGCCUAAAAGCAGCAACUUUAUUCGCAGUAUUCGUGUUUCUUAGAAAUCUUGGUUUCGAAUGGUUAUCAGCCCCUUUUCUAUAUGCUUCACUCAUAUCUGUAUUGAUUUCAAUAGCCUCUCACCCACUAAUAAAUCUCCCAAUCCUGCUGGGAAAAAGCUCUGAUGGGACUUUACCGCUAUGGUCCCUUGCAAUGUUCAGCCCAUACUUGUUUUUUGUGAGGGCGUUCUCUGCUUUGAGAAGAAAGAAAAGUGGGGAGCCUCCUUAUACUGAGGUAUGUGACGGUUUGUAUGUUGGAGGGUGGCCUUCUUCUCCUGAUAAAUUGCCACCAGGUAAACCUGCUAUUGUUGAUUGCACCUGUGAGUUACCAAGGAAGUUGGAGCUGUCUGGAAAUCAUCCAUACUUCUGUAUUCCAACAUGGGAUACCAGGUCACCUCAGCCAGCUGAUAUUGAGGCUGCUGUGAAAUGGGCUUGUCGAAAAAGAGCUCAGAAGGUUCCGGUGUUUGUUCAUUGUGCAUAUGGUCACGGACGAAGUGUUGCAGUGAUGUGUGCGCUAUUGGUAGCUCUGGGUGUUGCAGACGAUUGGAAAAAUGCAGAAAAGUUGAUCAAGGAAAAGAGGCCUUAUAUUAGGAUGAAUGCCCUCCACCGCAAAGCUUUAGAAGAAUGGUCAAAGGAUAGGCUCUCCUUUCAGCCAAAAACAUGAAUUUGGCAUUAGUUCUGCAAUCCUUUCAAGUCUGUGCUGAACACUCCGAAGUCCGAAUAGUGCAGCUGGGCACUUAUCAGUUAUCAUGCUUGUACUUUGAAUCAAACAUUUUCAGUCUGUACACAUUAUUGCACAUUUCAAUUAACAGAUGUUUGAAGUGAUUUUGGUAGAUUAUGAAAUUGUGUGGAAACUACAAGUUGAGCUAUUUUAAAAUUGUCAGUUAUUUUCACAAGA